AUGUCGAUAUUCAAGUCUCUUUUCGGAGGGAAGAAUAAAGAGACGAUCACACCACAAGAUGCUAUUCAGAAAUUAAGUGAAGUGCAGGAAAUGUUGAUGAAAAAGUCAGCAUUCCUGGAAAAGAAAAUUGACGGAGAGUUGGCUACAGCUAAAAAGAACGGAACGAAGAACAAAAGAGACCAUGCAUGUGCAUUACAUACCAACCGUAAAAUUCCUAAUUAUACACAAUAUGACCCACAUUUCGGGGGAUUGUCCAUACAAUCAAAUUCAACCAAUGCCUGA